UUAUGUUGGACUCUUUUAUGGAAGUUACCCCUUGUUUUGAUUAUAUAGCUAUUUAUGAUGGACUUAAAGCAACUUCCUCUCUAUUACUUCCACCAAGCUGUAGUUUACCCUUAACUGACAAUAAUGAAUUAAAUCCAAAUUUUAUUUCAUCCCAUCGCCAAAUUGACGUAUUUUUCUCUUCUGAUUCUAGUACAGAAUUAGCUGGAACUGGAUUUCAAGCUGAAUUUAGAGCAAUUAAAUCUGACUGUGGAGGAGCUUUUUUGGCUGGCCAAGAAUGGUCUGAUGUUAGUUUUGUUAGUGAGCGGACACUAAAACGGACAAAUCAGCGACAUAAACGGCAAUUAUAAU